AUGGGAUUUUUGCUUAAAUGUCUACAGGGCAGUGAAACGUUGUUAACGCAUUACAAUCCACAAAUAACACAGAUAAUUCAAGCUUUAAAAUCUUCCAUUGGCAAGGGACUUGGCGUUUCGGGAUUUGCCUCUGCCAUUGAGCAGGUUAAGAGCGGGCUGCAGGGGUAUGAGGGGGGGAUGGAGGAGAGGAUUGCGGAGGUAAGAAAGCCUCUGCAAACGAUGAAAGAGAGCUUCCAAAAUUUAGAAAUGUAUUUAAGUAACGCCAGUAAUAAAAAUCUUAAGACGCAAUUGGACCAUGUGCGUGGACAGGCUAGGUUAUACUGGACUGCGGCCGGCACAGCGUCCGUGAAUGCCAGGGAGCUUGAUGAAAAUCUCAAAGAUAAGAUAACAAUAGCUAUUAAUUUAAUAUAUCAAGUUACAGAGACGUUCAAGGAGGUGACAGAAAAUGGUGAAGUUAAUAGCCAGGCAACUGCGGUUGACACUGCGUUAAAAGGUCAGCAUGAGUAUUUGAAAAGUCAAAUUACUGUUGGUACAGAUGAGGUUCAUAAGAAGAUAAAUGUUGAAUUAGACGAAAUUUGCGAAAGGUUGAGGAUUAUGAAAGACAAUAAUUUGAGCAGUCAGAUGGAUAAGUUGAGAAUUGCAGUCAGGGCUGUAAAGCAAGAGACUCAAGCGUUGUUAAAAAAAUAUGACACAACGUAUACAGAUAACAUCAAAAAACAGAUUUUACAGUUAAAAAGUGGGAUGAAUGAAAUUACUACAAAUGGAGCGGGACAGUGUAACCUGGAGAAGAAAAUCAGCGGACUCAUUGGCGAUAUAAAAGAAAUGGAUCGAGAAAUACAAGGGGGCGCAAAACGAAUUGGCAGCUCAAUUCAAUCUGCUGUUCAGGAAGUCAUCGAUGCGCUUGCUAAAUUGGAUGAAAAAGUAAAAAUGGAUCUAGGGAAAUUGGAGAAGGCGAUUACACAAAGUCUGGAAACGUAUUUCAAAACGCAGAUCACAGCGGUGGUGGAGGCCGCGAAAGUUGCUGAGAGUACGAUGAGCAAUAACGGUGGUCCUGGUGUCGACGCAUUAAAGGCUGCAAGUUUGGCCGAAGGUGCCUUGAAACUGUUGAUUGAUGGUCUGCCUACGAAGACUAAAAGUACCGGUAUGCAUGGUGUAAUCGCCAGGGGCAUAGAAGGUUUUUUACACGCACUGCAAGUGUAUGGGCAAGUCAAGUCAGGCAUUGUCGAUCUCGAAAAAAAUCAACUUUUUAAUGCUUUCAAAGAUGACAUAGAAAAACAAGUCAACGACAUUAUCAAAGAGAUAGAGCCGGACAGCAAGAAAUUCAAGGAUAUAUUCGAGAAUCUCAAUACUGAGAUUGAAGGCUCUAUUGGUAACGACGACACGAUCAAUGCGAAGACAAAUAGAAUAAAACUUAAGUUGGCCACUUUUUUCAAAAGUCAAAUAAAUGGUGUAACGGACGAGUUCCACCUGACUUCGCAAGAUGCUUUCGGCUCUUAUUAUGGAGCCCACACCAGUGCAUUGGCUGCCAUAGAAGAUGCUGUUAUGAAGAUCAACGAUUUGGAGUCGCUUCCCGGAGCGGUAAAUGCUGCCCAGAGAGAAACGAGCCUGCAUAUGAAAGCUUUAAAAAACGAGAUUAAGAGCCUUAUGGACUCUAUAAAUGAUGUUGAAGGAAGUGUUGAUAUUGCCGACAAAGAAUUGCAGAUAGCAAUUGAGACCAUCAGCGACUCAUUGCUGCAUGCCAGGAGCGUAGCUCACGAGAGAAUUAAAUUUUUAAAAAACCACUGUAUUGCUAAAGUCUCCUCCGCCUUCACCGCCCUCACCCACCAAGUCCAAUCCCUCUUCGCGAAGCAGAAGCAGGCCGAGCUCGCCGCGCUGGAGAGCGUUGUCACGCAGCAGUUGAAGGAGAUUGAUAAAAUAAUUAAAGAUGAUUCUAUUAAUGGAUUGAAAGGAUUUUUAAGUGAUUUGCAAUACAGCAUUACGCAACAAUUUCCGAAUGGCUCCCUUAAUGAUUCCACAAAAUUACCAGUAGUAGCAAUAAAGCUUGUGCAAUUCUUUGAUCCACUGUUUGAGUACGUAAUUAGGCAACUAACUCCCAAGACACAGAUGCUACCAUCUACAUCCGACGCGCAGUCUACUGACCCUAAGGUC